AUGCACAACCCCAGUAUGAUGAGGCAGUUGUGUGACAAAGGUCGCUUCGGCCGCAGGCCCUCGUCGGAAGCCGCUUGGGAGGCCACGGCGUCAUGGUCCGAAGCCAUCCUAGAUAAUGGGCAGUGCCGGUUGUUCGAAACGACUGGUGGCUGGUGGGAGAUAAGAGGAGCCGUGACUAAUGUGAAGAUGACGGAUGAUUGCGGCGCAACGGGAGAUAGGCGCUCGUUUGUGAGGGUCGGCGUCCUGCAAGGGGCACCGAGCCCACUCGAGAGCGCGUGUUGUGGCCGAGAGCGGCGCGAGAAGCUCAAA